AUGACGUCUCUAAGUCAUGGUGAAUCUAGGGACGGAUCUCGAACCCGAUGGUUCCUGAAUGGCGCAGUGAUUUCUGGAGCAGAGGCAGGAGUCGAACUUUCUCAGAACAACCGUCACCUAACAUUAAUGGUACCAGAUGCCCUGGAUAAUGAUCGUAACGAACACGAGUUGGAAUGCAAAGUAGAUGCAGCAUCAGGAGUGCUAUUUGAUCAGAAGUCCUUGAAGAUCAGGAUCGUAGAAGAACCGAUUCUGAAGCCUUCCCAAGCAGAGAAGCUGUCUCCGUUAGGCUCUCGUCUGGCAAUUCCUUGCUCGCCAAGGAAACUUAGUGUUGUUCCAUUGAGAAUACAGUGGUACUUUAACGGGAGUGAGGUACUUCUUCUUUGUUUUACUCGUUCUUUUUUCGUGAUUAUCAAGUCGAUGUGUUUGUAUUUUGACGGUUGUAAAAUAUUGUUUCGUCAGCUCCGAGAUUGUGUGUUCCAGUCAGAAAGGUAUAACACUUGUCUUGACUCGACGUUUUGUUAA